CGGGGACGGGCAUGCCGGGGGGCCCCUUGGGCCGCCGCGUCCGCCGCUGGUGCGAGCCGCUGACGCGCGGAGAUGAAGUUCCCGGGCUCGGUGCUGGCGUCCGUGUUCCUGUUCAUGGCCGAGACGACGGUGGCACUGUACCUGAGCAGCACCUACCGCUCGGCCGGGGACCGCAUGUGGCAGGCGCUGACGCUGCUUUUCUCGCUGCUGCCCUGCGCCCUCGUGCAGCUCACGCUCCUCUUCGUGCACCGCGACCUCAGCCGCGACAGGCCGCUCGUGCUGCUGCUGCACCUGCUGCAACUCGGGCCCCUCUUCAGGUGUUUUGAAGUGUUCUGCAUCUACUGUCAGUCAGGCCAUGUGGAAGAGCCUUAUGUCAGCAUCACCAAGAAGCGACAGAUGCCCAAAAAUGGCUUCUCAGAAGAGAUUGAGAAGGAGGUGGGCCAGGCAGAGGGCAAGCUAUUCACCCACCGAUCUGCAUUCAGCCGGGCAUCGGUGAUCCAGGCUUUCCUAGGCUCAGCUCCCCAGCUGACUCUGCAGCUGUAUAUAAGUGUCGUGCAGCAGAACGUCACUGUCGGAAGAAGCCUCUUCAUGACUCUGUCCCUGUUGUCCAUUGUGUAUGGAGCCUUGCGCUGUAACAUCCUAGCCAUCAAGAUCAAGUAUGAUGAAUACGAGGUCAAAGUGAAGCCCCUCGCCUAUGUCUGCAUCUUCCUCUGGAGGAGCUUUGAGAUUGCCACUCGAGUUGUGGUCCUGGUCCUCUUUACCUCUGUCCUGAAGACCUGGGUGGUGGUUGAUGUAUUUGUCAACUUCUUGAGCUUCUUCUUGUACCCCUGGAUGCUCUUCUGGUGCAGUGGCUCCCCAUUCCCUGAGAACAUCGAGAAAGCACUCAGUCGGGUGGGCACCACCAUCGUGCUAUGCUUCCUCACCUUGCUGUAUGCUGGCAUCAACAUGUUCUGCUGGUCAGCUGUGCAGCUGAAAAUCAACAGCCCAGACCUCAUUAGCAAGUCCCAGAACUGGUACCGGCUGCUGGUGUACUAUAUGAUGAGAUUCAUUGAGAACGCCUUCCUCCUCCUCAUGUGGUACCUUCACAAGACCAACAUCUAUAUGUAUGUGUGUGCACCUCUCUUGAUUCUGCAGCUGCUCGUCGGGUACUGUACAGCUAUUCUCUUCAUGCUUGUGUUCUAUCAGUUCUUCCACCCUUGCAAAAAGCUCUUUUCCACCAGUGUUUCUGAAGGCUUUCGGGCAUGGUUUAGGUGUGUCUUCUGUGCCUGCAGGCAUCAGAAAUCCUGCCAGUUAGCAGAAAAGACAGACCAAAGGUCAUCCGAAGACAAAGAUGAGACACCUUCUAGCAGUAAAAUCAGUUCUGUGCCCAGCCAGAUCUUGAAUGCCGACGAGUUCUGCUCUGCUUAACAGGACCUGGGGUCUCUUGGGGGUACAGACAUCUUGUUUUCUGGGUUGAUCCAUGUUCUUCAUACAAGUAAUGAGCCCUCCAUAGAUAACAAAGCAGGAAGGUAGCUCUCAACUCUUGUGAGCUGUGAGCUUCUCCCUUUUAUAGAGCUCUUGGGAGUGUGGAAACCACAAAGAGAAGCCAAGAAAACCUCUAUGUCUUGGAGGAAGCUGGCCAAAGCAUCACAGUUCACAAGUGAUCAUGUUCUUCCAGGCAUUACUGGCCUUUUCACUGGCAAUGUACCAUAGACUGUUGUCACACUGCAGGACGUAAACCCAUAAAAUCUGAAUUGGGCUGGUUCGUCCAUCAGGUAGAAUGAGGAGAGGGGCUUUCUUGUUUUCAAGUUUUCUGGACUGCAGGUCUGAGUAGCCUGAUGAUUUAUUAUCCUGAGCAAAGUUUUUGCCCAAGAGCUCUCAUGCUGAUCAGAGAAGGUUACUGGGGUUUUACCAUCAGUGACAUCAUUUCUGUUGGAGUUUACAGGGAUGGCUGUUCAAGUUUUUUUUUUUUUUUAAAUAGAUGCCCCAUCUUUACCUCAUAAGGCCCCUGUGUAUAUAACCAGCUGUAACCACCAUGGCAUGCCAUCUCUGAGAUCCAAUUGAUUAAAGAGCCUAGAUUUGGAGAUUUUAUUCCCAAGGAUCCAUGAAUGCAAAAUUGAAUUCUACGUUUGGUUAUGGAAGUGCUGGAAUUUCAGGAAUGUUAUGUUCCUUAGAUAUGCUGAAGAAAUUCUGGAUCAGGAGGGUUGUUAAAACAUCAGAAUUAUGUAGGCUUCUCUAAGAGUUCUUACCAUCUGAGGAUGGUUGAAGAUACGAAUCUCCUAGUAGGUAGACUUAAACCUUCUCAAGAUUUCAAGUUUCAGGCUUGUCCUGCAAUUCUGGGAAAUGUCCAGUAGAAUUUUUUAGGAUUUGUCUUCUUUUAAAAAAAAGAAAAGAAAAUUCACAGUCUUCACUGCCCUUUUCCUUGCCUGCCAGGAACAUUUUAGAAAAGAGUUACCUUUUUAACUUAAAAAUUUCUGGAAAACCCCAGAGAAAUCUCUUACCCAGUGCAGGAACAUAGGGCAUUUUGAUUUUCAUUAUUUGAAGGAAACGGGUUUUCUGCCUCCCCCGCCCCCCAGUUGGAGAUUGACUUCAGAAACUUUUAAAUUAUAAAAAAGAGAUGAAAUGAUCAGAAGAUUUGUGUGUUUCAUUGAAUGCAUUUUCAUUUGGCAUAACAGUGAGUUAACAAGAUCUCCAAUUUUAUUCUCUUAUACCCUUGUAUCCCUUAUAAUUUCUCCUUUACUCUGGUACCUUAUUUGUUUAAUAAAAAGAGAUUAUGUAGCAUAUCCUCAAUUGUUCUGGAAAAAUGCCUGGAUCCAGGGCCAUCAUUUCUACUAUUAAAACAUAGACAGUGAAAUGCCUGGAAACAGGUUAAGAUCAUACUGAUUUGGAAUAAGGAUUGGAGGAAAAUCUGAGCACUCUGCUUAUGGACUCUAUUUUUACCAGGAUGAAUAGGGAUCCGCUUCUCUGACUUUAUUAAUCUGCAAGGCUUAUUUAUCUGGCCAUCUCCUGGUAAUUUUUUUUAAAAAAUUCUUGUUGGUAUUGAAUUUACAAGUAAUUUUAUACACACACAAAACAAAACGCAAUUUAAUGAUCAAUUUCCAGUACAUUCAGAGAUCAGUGAAACAGUAAAUAUUCUUUCACAGGGCAUACAUAUUGUGUAAUAUUUUUAUACAGUCUCAUAAAAAUGCAUCUGUAAGCUCCUAAACUGCAGAGCUUCCAUUUUAUUUUGGGGGGAUGUUUUUUUCUCCUUUGAAAUUCUCUUUGUUUAGUCAGUAUUUGUGGUUUAAUUUUAUGGGGACAUCCAGGCAACAGAUAAUAUUUUUGGUUUAUUUUUUAACCAAAUAAAAAUAAAACUACAAAUCAUCUAUGUCCUCCCUGUUAGCACAUCAUUUGUCACUUGCCCUAUUUUAAUAGGCCUAAAUUAAGUAGUGAACAUAAAUAAUAAAAAGGGUACUUCAUACAACAUAUACUCCCCCUGUAGACAUAUAUAUAUAUAUAUAUAUUCACAUAUGUGCAUAGAUAUAUACUUGAAAUACAAAAAAAGCCCUUGAAAAUAUAUAACGACUGUGAGUAAACUAAAACUAAGAUGUUGAAUUGUAUUUUUUGGGUUCUUUCCUGAUUGACAAAAGGGCUUGAUAAUGAUUAGGACAGUAUAAGGCCAUUCCUAAGCCAUCUCAAGUGUUCCUUUAUAUCAAACCAGUUAACUGUGUUCAUUGACCCCAAGUAUUUUCAAGCUCUUUUGAGAGAAAAAUAUCCUUGCGCUGAAGCUUUACAGUGGCCUCAGGUCAUGCUGUGGGAGUAAGGAAUGGGAGCAGCUACCAGCCUGUCACUGACCAGGUUGAACAUUGAAGAUCAAUCAGGGUCGAUGGCCUAAGGACCCCUAAUCACUGAACUUUCUGACCCAUCUAUCCAGUGCUCUUAUAGCCAGUCUGUCAUGGGACAGGUUAAAAAUGGUGACUUUGAGCAGGAGUCAUGGUCAGAACCUCCAAAUACAUUUUAAAUUAAUGUAGAAGACAGGUAAGCAUCUUGAGAGUGACCCCAAACCAAACUAACAGUGAUGGUCUGUAAGAUUCCCAAAGCCCAACUUAUACAUGCAUAAGGACAGAAAGGUUUGGUAACUAAAUUGGACAUUUUCUCAAUUUUAACCAUUGAUAUACAGAUACUCCAGCUUUGGGUAAAUGUACUCUCAUUCCCUUUGGGAGAAAGAAACUACUGCUUUUUUCAUGCCAAAAGCCAUGGUGAACUGAGCAUUUUUGUUUUGAAAGUAUAUUGUUGUUGUUGUGUGCUGUUGAGUCGAUUCUGACUCAUAGCGACCCUACUAGGACAGAGUAGAACUGCCCCAUAAGAUUUCCUA